UAUGCCGGGAAGGGGCCUGGGGGGGAGCUUAUGCGCAGGCGCGUGCCGCCUAAAUCUGCCCAGGAACGGUGGAAAGUUCUCUUUUCCGUCUCAGACAUGGGCACACCGCAGAAGGAUGUUGUUAUCAAGUCAGAUGCACCUGACACGCUAUUGUUAGAGAAGCAUGCAGAUUAUAUCGCGUCCUAUGGCUCCAAGAAAGAUGAUUAUGAAUACUGUAUGUCUGAGUAUUUGAGAAUGAGUGGUAUCUAUUGGGGUCUGACUGUAAUGGAUCUCAUGGGACAACUACAUCGGAUGAAUAGAGAAGAAAUUCUGACAUUCAUUAAGUCAUGUCAACAUGAGUGUGGUGGAAUAAGUGCCAGUAUUGGACAUGACCCUCAUCUUUUGUAUACUCUGAGUGCUGUCCAGAUUCUUACUCUGUAUGAUAGUAUUAAUGUUAUUGAUGUAAAUAAAGUUGUGGAAUAUGUUCAGAGUCUACAGAAAGAAGAUGGUUCUUUUGCUGGAGAUAUUUGGGGAGAAAUUGAUACAAGAUUCUCUUUCUGUGCAGUGGCAACCUUGGCCCUAUUGGGGAAGCUAGAUGCUAUUAAUGUGGAAAAGGCAAUCGAAUUUGUUUUAUCGUGUAUGAACUUUGAUGGUGGAUUUGGUUGCAGGCCAGGUUCUGAAUCCCAUGCUGGGCAGAUCUAUUGUUGCACAGGAUUUCUGGCUAUUACUAGCCAGUUGCAUCAAGUAAAUUCUGAUUUACUCGGUUGGUGGCUUUGUGAACGACAGUUGCCAUCAGGUGGACUCAAUGGAAGGCCAGAGAAGUUACCAGAUGUAUGCUAUUCAUGGUGGGUGUUGGCCUCCCUAAAGAUAAUUGGAAGGCUUCAUUGGAUUGAUAGAGAAAAACUUAGAAGUUUCAUUUUAGCAUGUCAAGAUGAAGAAACAGGAGGAUUUGCAGACCGACCAGGAGAUAUGGCAAAUCCUUUUCAUACUUUAUUUGGAAUUGCUGGAUUGUCACUUUUGGGAGAAGAACAGAUAAAACCUGUUAGUCCUGUUUUUUGCAUGCCUGAAGAAGUACUUCGGAGAGUGAAUGUUCAGCCUGAAUUAGUGAGCUAGACAUUGAUGGAGUUGUGAGACACUGCUUAGUAUAUGUAGUUUUGCCAUCUUAACAUUCCUGUAAAGUGCUUAACAAACUUAAAAAUGACUACUGUGUUACUAUUUUGUAUAUGAAUUGUAUUAAUUUUAAUAAAUUAUGUAAUUAUGCAUAAUGUAAAAUAAAGAUCUUUAUCUUCAGCUUUA